UUCCACCAGUCAUCCGAGUCUAUCCAGAGAGCCAAGCAAGGGAGCCAGGUGUGACUGCUAGCCUUCGGUGCCAUGCUGAAGGUAUUCCCAAUCCACAACUUGGUUGGCUGAAGAACGGAAUUGAUAUCACUCCGAAGUUAUCCAAACAGCUAACUCUUCAAGCAAAUGGUAGCGAGGUUCACAUUAGCAAUGUGCGCUAUGAAGAUACAGGAGCAUAUACUUGCAUUGCAAAGAAUGAAGCAGGGGUGGAUGAAGACAUUUCUUCUCUUUUUGUAGAAGAUUCUGCUCGAAAGACCCUUGCAAACAUAUUGUGGAGAGAGCAAGGUCUGGGAAUUGGAAACAUGUUUUAUGUUUUUUAUGAAGAUGGCAUCAAAGUAAUACAACCAGUGGAAUGUGAAUUUCAGAGACAUAUUAAGCCUAGUGAAAAACUCCUCGGUUUUCAGGAUGAAGUUUGUCCCAAAGUGGAUGGAGAUCUUAUUCAGCGGUGUGUAUGGGCAACUGCUGUUAAUGUAAAAGACAAGUUCAUUUACGUAACUCAGCCCACUCUUGACAGAGUUCUUAUUGUAGAUGUACAGUCUCAGAAAGUUGUACAGGCAGUAAGUACAGAUCCUGUUCCAGUGAAACUACACUACGAUAAAUCACAUGAUCAAGUCUGGGUGCUGAGCUGGGGAAACAUGGAAAAGAAUUCACCAACUUUGCAGGUGAUAACACAAGCCAGUGGGAGUGUUUCUCAUCACACAAUCCAUACUCAGCCAGUGGGAAAGCAGUUUGACAGAGUGGAUGACUUUUUCAUUCCAGCUACAACCCUCGUCAUUACCCAUAUAAGGUUUGGAUUUAUUCUUCAUAAAGAUGAGCCUGUGCUCCAGAAAAUUGAUCUGGAAACUAUGUCAUACAUCAAGACAAUUAGCUUAAAGGAUUAUAAUUGCAUUCCUCAGUCACUGGCUUAUACACAUCUUGGAGGAUACUUUUUUAUUUGCUGUAAGCCUGAUACCACCGGGGCUGUCCUACCACAGCUUAUAGUGGAUAGCGUUACUGAUUCUGUGAUUGGAUACAAUGGCGACAUAACAGGCACGCCACAUAUUUCUCCAGAUGGACACUACCUUGUCAGCAUUGAUGAUGCAAAAGGUCUUAUGAGGAUCCAGUCCAUAACAAUGAGAGGAGAAAUACAGGAUGCAUUUGACAUUCACACUAAUUUGCACAUAUCUGAUGUAGCUUUUCAGCCAUCGUUCACUGAAGCUCAUCAGUACAAUGUCUACUGUAGCUCCAGCACACAAACUGAUGUUCUUUUCAUGGAGCUCUCCUCUGGCAAGGUUAAGAUGGUGAAGAGUCUGAAGGAGCCUGUCAAGACAGGUGAAUGGCCUUGGAACAGUAAGAACCGUCUUAUAAAAGACAGUGGCCUUUUUGGUCAGUAUCUCAUGACCCCUUCCAAGGAAUCUCUGUUUAUCCUGGAUGGACGGCUCAAUAAGCUAAAUUGUGAAAUCACUGAAGUUGAGAGAGGCAACACAGUAGUUUGGGUUGGAGAAGCAUAA